AUGUUAAGAAAAUACUUCUAUAAAUGGGUAGAAUAUCAUAUCUAAAAAAUCAAUCAAAGGCAGUUUUUGAUUAAUGCCACAAUAUUUAGAUACAAAUAACUCUUUCGGAAAGUAACAAAACUAAAAUAUUUGCUAGACAAUCAAAGCAAUCAAAUAUCAGAAGUCGAAUGAGUAUCAAACCUUAUUGAAACGAAAAGUUUUCAAAGCUCUCAAAACCAUAAUCUAAAAUGUAUAUUAAUAAAUCUUACUUUAUCCUAGCGUUUAGAAGUUCUUAAUAAAAUCAAAAUGCUCAAGUUGAGGAAAUAUUUUGAAAAAUUGAAAAGUGUAGUUUAAGAGUAAAGAAAGGAAAGAGAGGUUAAUAAUGCCAUUAUUGAAUGUUACAAUGAUAAAUUAUUGAUGAAAUGGUUUUUAAAAUUAAGAAAGGCUUCUAAAAUUUUAAAAAAGAGAAAAAAUAAUGAAAAGACACUGAUAAAAAAGAAAAAGUAAUUAUUUUUUGAUAAAUGGGUGCUGAAACUUUAAGAUUUUAGAUUGCAUUAAUAACUUUUUUAAGAUUCUACCUUAUACUAUAAUGAAGUUUUAAUAAAGAAAGUAUUUAAAGGUUGGAAAAGGCAUAUAUUGGACUCAAAGAUUUAUUAAACUUAAUUAGAAUAGGUUUGUAAAAUAUUUAAGAGUUGGAAAAAAUAUACUUAAUAAGAAAAUUAGAAAAGAAACUCUAAAUUAUAACCAAUACAUAUAAAAUGGAGAAAGCAGAGAUUUUUUAGAUAUUGGAGGGAUGUUACAAUAGACUCUUAGAGGGAUAAAUUAGCUAAAGGAUUUUAUAUGUAUAAGAUUUUUUAGAGUUGGAAAUAAUAUAUAGAAGAGAUUAAAUAAUUAUAAUUAAAAUUAUAGGAUAAAGAAUUAAUAUUAACUAUUUAGAUUGAGAAAAAAAGAAAAAAACGUUAUUUAUUAUUUUGGAGGCGUGCUUAUGAAGGCAAAUUGGAGAAGAAAGGAUUAAAUAAAGUUUUGUUAUAAACAAAGCUUAAAUAAAGAAAAUUGGAGUUUUUAAUUUAAGGAUUUAGAUCAUUUAAAAAUAAUUGGAAAUUGAGUAAAUAUCUGUAGUAUAAGAGAUUAAAGUUCAGUUAAAUGAUCUUUUAUUCAAUAAAAUACUUUACAGACCUAUCAAAAAUGAAAAUGGAUUAAUUGAUGAAUUACGAAAAUAGAAAAAGGGAGUAGAAAUUAAGGAAAAUAUAUAAUGCAAUAAAAAGUGAUUAUGAUUUAAUAAAAUAAAAAGAUGAGAAGGCUAAAAAUUAUUAUAACAGUACAUAAAAAAUAAUAUUUAGAAAGAUUAUAAAAAGAUUAUUUUCAAUUAUUUAUUUAAGGAGUGAUAAAGCAAUAUUAAAAAGAGUUGAAAUUAAGUGCAUAAUUUUACAUUUAAAGAAAAAUAAUUUAUACAUUUGCAGCUUUGAAAUCUCAUUGGGAAACUGAGAAGAGAAGAAAAUUAAAUAAGAAAAAAGUGGAUAAAUAUUUAGGAUAAAAGUAAUAUAAAUUGUUAAAGUUAACAUUUAAAAAGAUGAGAUCAUAUCUAAUAAGUUAGAAAAAAGGAAAGAAGAAGUAAAAAUAUAUUGAAUUUAUAAUAGACUAUUUGAAUUAGAAUACAAUGCGUUUUAUUAAUGGAGAUUGUAAACAAAAUUAAAGAUAGUGAAAAAGAGAUGUUGA